UUAGGCGAAAUAAAGGGCUUUCAAGUUCAAGUUCUCGCUGCACAGAAAUUAUUGUCCUUUGGUUUCUCUAGGGUUAGAGCUCCGAAUCAACGACGGCAAUGGAGGGAUGGGAUCCGACCACCAAGUCAACAUUGACACAAAUUCCUCUCCUAACAGUUAAAGCCGGUCCUCGCGACGGCGCCGCUUGGACUCAGCGUCUGAAGGAGGAGUACAAAGCGUUGAUCGCCUAUACUUCAAUGAACAAAUCCAGAGACAACGAUUGGUUUCGUAUCUCCGCUGCUAAUCCAGAAGGAACACGAUGGACAGGAAAGUGUUGGUAUGUGCAUAAUUUGCUCAAGUAUGAAUUUGAUCUCCAAUUUGAUAUUCCGGUGACCUACCCUGCCACAGCUCCUGAACUUGAGCUUCCCCAACUCGAUGGCAAGACUCACAAGAUGUAUAGAGGAGGGAAGAUUUGCUUGACGGUGCAUUUCAAGCCACUCUGGGCUAAAAACUCGCCUAGAUUUGGUAUAGCACAUGCGCUUUGUUUGGGGCUUGCACCGUGGCUUGCAGCGGAAAUACCAGUUCUUGUGGAUUCUGGCAUGAUCAAGCAUAAAGAUGAUGCCGUCUCCACCAGUGAGGCAUGCUAGUUUCUUGUUAUUAUCUUAUCGCUUAACAAUACAAUAUACAAUGUUAUAUAACAUCACAAUUUCCCUUUUCGACUUGAGUUGUGCUUUGGCUGAAUCACAUACAAUAAGUAUCCGUAUCCCGGACUAACUCUGCAAUAUAUGAUUCCGAUGCCUGCAAUUGAAUCAAAAACUUUAAUUUAUACUCUAA